CUCGGCGAGGAUGGAUCAUGGAUGCAUUGCGCUUUCUGGUGUGCCCGUACUACUAAUACGUGGUUGAACCACACUCAUAUUUAUGCACUGCUAAUUCUCUCAUCCUUUGGUAUCACGGCUGAAGCCUGUAUUUACUUGUUGGAUUGGUACCGCUCGUUUCUUCUCUGUACGAUCAUCUCGAGAAAUACUAUGGCUGCUACACCCUUUGACCCCCAGCGGGCAUACGCACCCCAGGAAGAUGUUUUCUUCGACGAUGGUCGUGAGAUAGAGCUCCUCCACUUCGUCUACUCACGGCCAAACCUCAGUGAGAUCCGCGGCUCCCCGCAGCAGGUGCUCGCAGCCAUUGAUGAGUACGGCCGCACAAAGAAAUAUCUCAUGAAUGUGGGCGAGGACAAGGGCAAGAUUGUGACCGACUUGAUUGCCGAAGUCAAGCCCAAAGUCAUGGUUGAAUUGGGCGGCUAUGUAGGAUAUUCAGCCAUUCUCUUCGCCGAUGCCGUGCGAAAGGCCGGGGGCCAGCACUACUACUGCCUUGAGCGCAAUCCCGAGUUUGCAGCCGUGGUCACCUCCCUCGUCGACCUGGCCGGCCUGAGCGAUCUCGUCAAGGUCUUUGUCGGCGCCAGCGGAGACUCUCUCCGGAGGUUGAACGCCGAGGGCAAGCUGCCGCAUAUCGACCUGCUCUUCUUGGACCACUACAAGCCGGCCUACGUCGUGGACCUCAAGCUCUGCGAGCAGCUCAAGAUGGUCGGCCCCGGCUCUGUCCUGGCGGCCGACAACGUGAUCAAGCCGGGCAACCCGCCCUACCUCAAGUACGUCCGGAGCUCCGUGGAGGAGAAGCGCCAGGCCGGGGACGAGGCCAUCGACAUGGGGAGCUUCUUCCCGGAGACGACGGCGAAACAGUACUUGAAGAGGGAAGGGAAGGAACAGUACUUGAAGAAAGAAGGGGAGCAGCAGCUUGAUCUGAACCUUGUGGGCGACCCGAAUCUCGUGUACAAGAGUGGGAUUGUGCAUAGCUAUGAGCCUACUGGGGUUCCGGAUGGUGUUGAGAUUUCACGCUGCGUCGGGCGAGAGACUUGA